UGGUUGGCCCCCACACAUUUUCACCUCACCAAAUCUGGCCCUUCUUGCAAAAAGUUUGGACACCCCUGCCCUUAAGCCACUGGAACCCUUAAUUUGCUUUUAUAUUGUCUCAAAACUAAAUUUUACUGGAAAACUGUGGCUUUUCCUCCCUUCUCUUUCCCUUUCUUCUUACAUUUGAAUAUCCCUUCCCUCUCUUCUCAAGAACUUUCUCAUCUGAGACCCAUCACUGUCCCUUUGUUGUUCUGUCCUGCCAAGUCAUAUCCAACUUAUGGUGACCCCAUGCAUAAGUGUCCUCCAUAAUGUCCUGCCCUUCACCACUCUGUUCAGCUCCAGGAAGCUCAAGGCUGUGGCUCCUUUUAUGGAGUCUGUCUGUCUGUUGGUCUGCCAGGUCUUCAUCUUCAGCCUUUGACUUUUCCUAGCAUGAUUCUCUUCCCCAGUGAGUCUUUCCUUCCUGUGAUGUGUCCAAAAUAUAACCCCAGUUUUGUCAUUUUUGCUUUCAGGGCAAGUUCUGGCUUGAUUUGAUCUAGAAAUUACUUGUUUAUUUUUCUGUUGUGCCACAAUGUUCACAGAGCUCUACACUAGUUUCACGGUUUUCUUCACUAUCCAGAUUUCACAUCCAUACAUAGUGAACAGGAAUACAAUAGUGUCGAUGAUUUUGGCCUUAGUCCCCAGUGAAACAUCCUUAUACUUUAUGGUCUUUUUAGUACCUUCAUUAGUGUCUUCCAAGUCUUCUAAUUUCCUGGCUGUGGUCUCCAUUUGGUUUGAUGGUUGAGCUAAGUCAUUUUUAUUAUUCCUUCCUAAUCCCAAUCACUCGUUAUCAUCACAUAAUUCAUAAUGGCAGCAUUUUUUCCUUCAUAAUAGGCUAUGUUUAUUGUAGUUUUUUAUAUCUAUUUUGAUGGUAGGAUCUGGCUCAACAUUAUUAACAUUAACUAAUUCAUAUGAGUGACACAUUAACUGAGUAAAUGUGUCUUAAAAUGCUUUAACCUGUAGUAUGAUGGUUUAGGCUAGGUACAGGUUGUAGAUUGUGCUAUGGUGUCUGUAAUCUUGGUAAUCUCAAGAAUACACAUUACUUUAUUGUGGCAUACUCAGUCAACUUGGAUUGUUUGGUAGAAAGCUUCUCCUUAGCUCACAUCACUCCUUCCUUUUACUUUCACCCCCCCUUCUGUUUCCACAGUCUGUGCUUUUACUUCACAUCUGAUAACUGUCUCAUCUGUGGGGCUAUUUGCACAUCCAGUGAGGCAGAUGUCCCGGGAUGAGACAGUUUGCAAAUAUUGUGGAGUUAGUUAUUUGAUCCUUCAUGAGUUUAAGCUUCUGGAAGAGAAAGUAAAAGCAAUGGAAGAGAAGUUGAAGUUUUAUGAGGGAAGUGUGGAACGAGAGAAAACACUUCAAGAUAAGCUGCAGCUCCUAAGUCGAGAGUUUGAACAGUGCACAGCAGCUAAUGAAUCAAAAACAGAAAGAAUAAAAACACUAUCUCUAGAGCUUGAAAAUAAGCAAGCUGCAUUAGAAAAUAUAAAUGAACAUUUGAGAUGCAUCCAGAAAGAGAGGGAAGUUUUAUGUGGAAAGUCACAACUCUUGCGAAAAGCUCUGAAACAACAUUUGCUUAUUCUGAAGAAGGCCUUUGUUGUUCUUCCAUUUAUACGAAGUGAGCUAAACCAUAUAAAAGAAGGGAUAUUUGGCUUUCUUAGCCAAUGGAGUGCACUAAAAGGAGAGGGGGUUUUACAGUUAAAAGCCUUUAAUAUAACAGGUUUAGCAGAGAUCUCCAGUUUGAACCAAAGCUUAGGCAAAUGUCAGAAGGAAAACCUGGUCCUCCAGGAAGAGGUACAACGUUUAAGGUUGAUGUUAGAUGCAGCUGAACUGGAAGCUGACCAGCUUCAGGCUUCACUUGUACGAGAGAGUGAAUUACAAAACAGAUGUCAUGAACUACAGAAGAAAACUGAAGAUUUAACACGUAGUGUAGAAGAAAUUAAACUCAAGUUCCAGGAAUCAACCGCUGAGAUGAACCACUAUAAAGAACUAUUCAUAAAGAAGUCAAAAGAAGUUGAAGUUCAUCAAGAUAAACUCCAAAAACUGGCUUCUGAAAUGAGAAGAUCUGAAUCUUGGUUUACUCAUUCUCUGACAGAGCAAAAACAAUCUUUGCUUGCCUGCCAACAAGCAUGCCGACGUUUACAGGAAGAAGUGAUUGAGAAAGAAAGGAAAGAAGAGGAUCUUAAAAAACAAACCAGGCAUUUAGAGAGGGAACUGGAAACAAUUAAGUGCCUUCUCAAGCAGCAAGAGGAAGAAGUGGUAAUGCUUAAGCAAGAAAGGGAGGCUAUGCUGACUUCUCAUCAGAGCAGAACAGAGCAGCUGCAGGAAACAUUAAGGCAAAAGGUGCUGAAUGAAAAGAACUGGCAAGAAAAGCUUGAAACUGACCGAGCAAAAGAACAAGCCCAUCAUAAGCAGGAGAUUCUCAGACUCAAAGAAGAAGCCAAAAUGGAAUUAGAAAUUGAAAAACAAAAACAUGAGGAAUUAAUUGCAAAAUAUCAGAAAGAUCAAGAUGAGCUGCUACACAUGAAGAUGCCUGUAUUGAUAUCUAGUGCUACUAAUAACCUGAAGAUGGAAAUAGACACACUAGAAAGGAAGCUCCAUGAAGCACAGACCAAGCUUACUGAGAAAAACCAAGGCAGAGAAAAAGAAUGCCAAGACCUUAAAAAAAAACUUGCAGACCUGGAGGUCCAGCUGAAGGAAAAACAGAGCACUUGCAUUUCAGUGACAGAAGAAGUGAGAGAAGAAAUAAAAAAGAAGUCUUAUGAGCUGGAAAAACUGACUCAGGAGCACACAGAGUUGAUUCAGAAUAUGAAUCAAGUUCAAGAAGAGAAUGCUCUCCUCCAGGACACAGUGCGCAGGGAGUGUGAGGAACGUUAUGAGCUCACUGAAGCAUUGGCUCAAGCCAGAGAACAAGUCAUGAAUCUAAAGAAACUCGGAGGAAACUUCCCUUUGUCACAGUGUUCUCUCAGUCAGGGCAGCCUAACUUCCUCCACCGCAUUGGUCAGCAGUCAUGGGCAGAUAAGCCCAAACUGUGGGAAAAGAGCAACAUUCUCAGGACCCUGUGGAAUUUCGAGAGCCACUAAAAAACCAGGCAGCAGCAGGUACAAAGGCAGCCUCAAUGUGAGUUUGCCUGCUCUGCCUGCACUUCAGCUUCAGAGCAGAAGAGCAUCUUCUUUAGAUGAAUCCAGGAGGAGGAUCACAGCCGUUAUACACAGGCAGCUAAGUGAGCUGUGAUGAAUCAGGGACUGUACUCUCAUCAAGGAAAUCCUCCAAGCACAUGUGCUCCAUCGGCUCAGAUCGUCAGGCCACCUCAGCAUGGCUCUUUGGGAACAAACGGGAUCACUUUCUGGUAAUUAGCAUGCUUCUAGGGUUGAACUGCAAACAGAUAAGCAUACAGAAAUCACAUCAAAUUAAGCUAAAGUAGCAUUUUUAAUAAAUGCUACUUUAUACUUUACAGUGCAAUCAUGAAUGGGCAUUUUGCUCAAUAAAUGUUGGUGACCUAGGUCUGGUUCUCACUGAGCUAGUAAACCUGUGUCUGGGUUUUUGAGCUGAGGCUUGUCUGGUUGAAUGUUCCUCCAUGUAAGAUACCCUCCCCAUAUAUUAAAGCAGAUGUCAGGAGAAAGAAUCUCACCCGAGCACUGCUGGAAACUAGCAUAAGAAGGAGAAGGCUAGGCGUCCAUGUGUAUGUGUGCAUGUAUGGAAGAACAUUUAAUUAGGUGAGCCACCACUUGCAGUUGGAGGUGUGUGAACCAGGCUUUAUAUGCAGCAUGUAUAUGUGCAAUACAGUAAAUUAAGGCAUUUCUUUCACACACACACACACACACACACACCAUUCUGCAGUAAUCUUUUUCAGUCCACCUGUGUUGCUUGCUGAGAUA